AUGUCACAAUUUGGAGGAUUCAAGGAAUCAUUUUUAAAGUCACAAUCAGAUUCUGUAAAUAAUUCAGAUACAAUUCUGGGAGUAUCGGAUUCUUUAACCCCACCUUCUACUUCAGAUAUCUCAAAACAAACAUUACCAAGUAUAAACAUAAGCCAAGACCAACAACAAUCACAUGGGAAUAGUAACCUAGAGAACUUAUUAACUAGUUCACUGGAUAUUAAAAAACAAUUAUCACAAUCAUUCCAAGGUGGAAUUGGAGGGGGGAAUAUAAGUGGUAUUUCCAGGAGUGGGAUAAGUAAACCCCAUUCAAGACGGAAUUCUACUGUGAUUAAAUCUCAAGGACAUAGUGAUAAUGAAGACGAUGGAGAUGAGAAAUUGGGAGAAGGGAAUGAAAGGAAAAGAAGAGAUAAUAUAAAUGAAAAGAUUCAAGAAUUGUUAACCUUAAUCCCUCUGGAAUUUUUCCAAGAUGCAAAUGCGAAAGAAGCAGGAGGAAGUGGAACGUUUAGUAAGGAAGGUAGUGCUGCUAGUAUGGGAGAUAAACUGGGUGGAGAGGAUGAGAAUGGGAAAGCUACUGGAACUAAGGAUGGAAAACCGAAUAAGGGGCAGAUUUUAACUAAAUCUGUUGAAUAUUUACAAUAUUUACAGAAUUUGAUUGAUGAGAAUAAUAGAAAAGAAGUUGAAUUGAUUAUGAAAUUAAAGACUUUGGAAUUGAAAAGAAAUAAUCGUUCACCUGAUGUGCCUAUUCGAAUUGGAUAUACUAGUGCAGAAAAGGCAUUAGGGGAGAUUGGAGUUGGACCUUGUUCAGAAGAAUACUUCAGAAAUGUAUUAAUAAAUAGUGCCAAUACUUCCAAGACAUCGAGAAGAGGAAGCACAUAA